AAAUCUUUGGUUUGUUUUGACACCUCUCGAUCGAUUAAUUCCGCACUCGGCUGCUUUUUGCCUACAAGGGCCCAGCUGUGUGGCAGGCAGUGGUAGUCGAUGUCUGCAAUCCCGGAGUCUCCGAUUUCCAAUUUCCUGGUCCGCAGAAAGCCGAAGGCAGAAUCUCAAAAAUAGAUCUCGUUGUCAAACGCUAACAGGCCUUUAAAGUGCCCACUUCUAUUUAACUGAAAAAGCUACCGAAUUACAAAAGUAGCUAGCUUACAAAGAAUAUCGGGAAACAAGCGCUGUCGUAAUCUGACAAGUAGCAAAGCGGGUUGCUUGCGCGGUCUGAAAUGUCUGCUUCGGCCGGCGGUGUCUCUCCUGCUGCCCAGGGAACGGCUCUCGUCGGCUCUGGCACUGGGAUGUCGAUGUUUCGAUGGCUGGAGGUUCUGGAGAAGGAGUUUGACAAGGCAUUCGUGGACGUGGAUUUAUUACUUGGUGAGAUCGACCCAGAUCAAGCAGACAUCACAUAUGAGGGCCGACAAAAGAUGACAAGUCUUAGCUCCUGUUUUGCCCAGCUUUGCCACAAAGCGCAAACCAUCUUCCAACUUAACCACAAAUUAGAGGCCCAGGUGGUGGACCUGAAGUCGGAGCUGACGGAUGUGCAGGCGGAGAAGGUGGUGGUGGAGAAGGAGGUCCACGAUCAGCUGCUGCAGCUGCACGCCGUCCAACUCCAGCUGCACGGCCAAGACGCCGACUCUGGAUCCAUCAAGGCCAAACUGUCUGUCCCUUCCGUGGAGGAGAUGGAGAGGGAGCUGGAGGCCAAUAAGAAGGAGAAGAUAAAGGAGGUGAAGUUGGAGGCGGAGGUGAGGCUGAACAGGAAGGAGAACGAUGCUCUGCGCCGGCACAUCGCCGUGCUCCAGGCCGAGGUGUACGGAGCGCGACUGGCCGCCAAAUACCUGGACAAAGAGCUGGCCGGGAGAGUUCAGCAGAUCCAGUUACUCGGGCGCGACAUGAAGGGGCCCGCCCACGACAAACUCUGGAACCAACUGGAAGCCGAGAUCCACCUCCACCGCCACAAGACAGUCAUCCGAGCCUGCAGGGGGCGCAAUGACCCCAAGAAGCCCCUGCCCUCACCAGUGGGACAUGAAUCGGACGCUUUGAAGAAGACCCAGGGAGUUGGCCCGAUCCGAAAAGUAGUGUUGGCUAAAGAGGACCACGAAGGACUUGGCAUUUCCAUCACGGGAGGGAAGGAGCACGGGGUGCCCAUCCUGAUCUCGGAGAUCCACCCCGCCCAGCCGGCCGAACGCUGCGGCGGGCUUCACGUGGGCGACGCCAUCUUGGCCGUCAACAGCAUCAACCUGCGCGAUGCCAAGCACAAGGAAGCGGUGACCAUCCUGUCACAGCAGAGGGGAGAGAUCGAGUUUGAGGUGGUGUACGUGGCCCCUGAGGUGGACUCUGAUGAUGAGAACGUGGAGUACGAGGAUGACAGCGGUCAUCGUUACCGCCUGUACCUGGACGAGCUGGAGGAGGGCUCGGGGGCCAGCCGGAACAACGGCAGGGGGGAGGUGCUACAAGCGCUGGAGAAAAACGCGGCCAUCGCAGCGGUGGAGAACGGCGACACCGGGGCCUCCAGCGAAACACUGUCGGAAGAAGGCGCCCAGAAAGCGUCUGAGUCUGCGGAGAGUUCCUCUUAGACGGACGGACGGGCGGAGGACAGCGGAGGAGAUCGCGGGGGUGGGGUUUUGGUGGGGGAGGUUGAGGUGAAAGACUAUACGUGUCUAGUAAACGAGUGUUUUGUACUACGUGACAACCAACCGCAUCGGAAAAGCACUGGAGGAUGCAUGGCGGAUAUGGACGGGGGAGGGGAGAAUGAUGUUACUCAGUUGCCGUGGAAACACACUUGGAACUCUGUCGAAUUCACGUCCCGUCCUCUUUUGUUUCCGCGUCGAGAGGAACCGGAGAUCGCGGAUUGCGUUCGAGUCGCUGGAAGAGGAGCGCUUGAUUCGGCCCACGGAACUGUGAAGAGGAUUCUCCAGGCCUGGUCUCAGAACGGUUUACAUCGUUUUGUUUUGUUUUCCUCCCCUCUGUUCGUAGCAUCUGUGUGUGGUGACUGACCCAACAGGCGUCAUGUGGCCAGAUUGCAUCGUACCUCAGUGCACCUACAUAGCCCUGCUGUUAAUUAAAUAUUUACGGAAGAUAGCAACAAUUAAUCCGUUCAUAGAUAUUGUACAUACUUUAAAGGUAGUCUACGCGCCUGUAAUUGUAGACUUUCUGAGAUGGUGUUUCUCCUCCUUUUACGCUCAUCCCUUAUACGAUAGGCCUAUAAGCUACUUUAUUCUCUAAACGGAUCUACAGACUUCAAAAUGUUUCUCCAGCAGUCGGGGUACUGUGAAACAAAAGGAAGCCAUUAUGCAACUUCUAUAUAAACACACUUUGGACAGAAAGGGAGAGUUUGUUACAUAGUAAUAUUCAUGCCGACAUUUCCCAGUUUGUGGGCUUGGGGGGGAUAUUGCACAUACAAUUUCAUUUAAAAUAAUGAAAAUUAAAUUCACAUAUAUGGGCCUCUAUCAAACUUCAACUGCAGUGCACAUAGUUCUUCAUUUUGGUUCAGAACGUAGGGUGGGGUCAAACACCCAACUGCUUUCAUUAGCAACUUUUUGGCACACAGUCACCGACGAAAGGAAAGUGAGUGACCCAAAGUGAAAAGUGCAUUGCUGUUAGACUGGUGAGGCCACGGUUUCGUUAUUGCCUUCAGUGGUUGCAGUGGUCAUACUGUACGUACGGAGAGAAGAGGCAGAUGAAAGCUGUGAUUCCGGUUUCUGAGCACUUUUCAGCACAGGACGGACGUUUUGUGUGUGCAUCACUACAAACCUAGCUACUGAUACUUAGAAAAGUGUUAAAAAAACGAGUAUAUAAGUGGAGUGUCGCAACACACGAUGUCUUAAGUUUCUGUGCUCGAUUAUGUGCAUGCUAUGGAAUUUACUGUAUUCCCCCUCUAAACAAAUACUCCUUUCAACUUGGAAAAUAUAAAAUAAGGUAACUGUAUGAUGCAGUAUUUAUGUAUAGUUCCUACAGAUGCCUUCCACGCCGUGUGUAGAUAUACAAAACUGUAAAGAUCACCCCAAACCGGAAAUUACAAUGAGGGAAAAAAGAAACCACAAUAUGUAAUUCGUUUUACUUAUCGUCAGGAAGAUAUGAUGAACGCUAUACAUAGGUCCAUAAUGUGAAGAUGCCAAUUUUUCCCCCUUCAUUUUACACUUCAUAAACUUUCUGUGAUACUUUGCGCUUUAAGGUAUCCAGGGCCUGAGCUGACACAUCUCACCUUCCUAUCUGCUUGACUUUCAUCUACUAUUUGUUAUUUUUCGCUCGCAGCUAUAGCAUGCUAUCGAGGCCUGUCGAAGCGCAUCUUAACGUCUUCUUUGAAGUUCUGUUGGUUACUGUGGCGGUCUAGCAAAAAAAAAAAAAAAAAAAGGUAUUCCUGCUUUUCAGGUUCCAAAGAUGACUAUUAUGAAAAGUCUGAGCUGCUUACACUGUGUAUCUGUUUCAACUUCAAACGUAAUUGACAUAUCGGGGCGAUGGAACAGCUUUAAUUGUGUAAUGAACCAAAAUGCGUCAUCUACAUACAAAAUAUGGAAACUCGAGUGAACAGCAAUAAAACACCAUGUCAGUAAUUAUGCACUAAGGGUUGUUGCAAAUUAUAACUUUCUGCAAGCUCCUGUCUUAGCUCCUAUUAUAAAUAUAACUGUAGAAAUUGAUUUGUUACUAGCCAAUAUAAAAUAUCUAUGGGUUACUUGCCAAUAUUAUCACUGAAAUCUAUAUGCAGUAUUGGCGUUUUUUUAUUUAAUUUAAUUUGACAUACCCCAACUGAGGAGAUCGAGUUGGUGGUAUUGACAAUCGUCAGUCAUGCCUCUUCUUGGAAGGGCGGCGUGUUAGUUUUUAAAUAAGUUAAGGGACUGUUAAAACCGAGGACUUCCCCGUCCCCCCUUUUUUGUUUUCAUUGCGCUUCGAUCACUAUUUGAAACUCUUCGCUUGGCCGUGUGCCCAAAGACUCCUUCCGUUCUGUAACGGGUGUAUGUCAAUGGGCGGUCCACCCCUCAAAAGAACACAGCCACUGCAUGUUACUGAAAAUGUUCACGUCAACCGCCUGUCGCAAGUGCCGUUGCUUGAAGGAAAAAGAGAGGCCCUUUUUUGUACAUGGUUUUUACUAUUUUCGGGGAGCGCUUUUUUUCCUUUUCAUCCUUGCAUUGGUUUAUGUCACAAAAUAUUUCUUGGACCUGAGAGAUUUGGUAUAAAUGUCUUAUAUAGCCGACAUCUGUAGUAAAUGUAUAACAUGUAACAUUUGAAUAAACUUAUUUGCCCACAUGGCG